AUGUUUCGAUCUUUUGUAUUAAUUAUGAUACUCGUUGAAUUGAUCAACUCUGAAUUGUUAAGAAUUCCAUUAUAUAAGACAAAUUGUAUUCGAAAAUCGAUUGCUGACAAUCGACGAGAUGAUUUACCUGAUAUUAUACAGGCACCACUGUUUAAUUUAUAUGAUAGACAAUACUAUGGUAUUAUCUCGGUUGGAACCCCACAGCAGAAGUUUAACAUACUUUUCGACACUGGUGCCUCUAAUUUUUUUGUACCAUCCAUCACCUGCGACAAUAAUGACAUUGCUUGCUCGUCACAUAGAAAAUAUAAUAGCAAUAAGUCCCACACGCACAUAGAAGUUGGUACUUAUAUCGGACUUGACUAUUUGGUUGGGACGCUUACUGGAUACUUAUCUACUGAUGUAAUGAAUAUUGCUGGCGUUAGUGUUCAAAAUCAAACAUUCACAGAAGCGGUAACACUGGAUUCGAUUUUUACCUUUCUGGCGUACGACGGAAUCUUAGGAAUGGGUUAUCCUGAGAUAUCUACAAAAGGAGUGCCUCCCGUUUUCAUUAGCAUGAUUGAACAAGGCCUAGUAUCGGCACCUGUUUUUAGUUUUUAUCUGAAUCGAAAUGAUUACGAUAGUCAACUGAUAUUGGGUGGUUCCGACCCCACUUAUUAUAACACCGAGUUUACUUAUGUUAAUGUAACCAACAAAGGAUACUGGCAAUUUGCCAUUGAUAAGAUCAAAAUGGAACAUAUGAUUUUAUGUGCGGAUGGCUGUGAAGCUAUCGCCCACACUGGUUUUCCGGGAUUAUCUGGGCCAGCUUCAGAAAUCGAAUUUAUUAACAACAAAUUGGAUUUAUUAAAACAAAUUGGAAUUUCUCAUUAUGGCGAAGAAAUAUUUGUGGAUUGCCAGAUUUCUAAGUUGCCCAAUGUUACUUUCUUCCUGAAUGAUAAACCAUUCGUUCUCACUGCAAAAGAUUACAUCAAUACAAGAAUGAUCGAUUCGAGAAAUACUACAAUGGUAUGUACAAGCACUUUCGUAAAUUCCAGUGGGGAUAUUUGGAUUUUGGGAACUCCAUUUCUUAAUCAGUUUUAUACUGAGUUUGACAUGAGGAACAACCGAGUGGGAUUUGCGCAUGCAAAAUAA